CUGUCUCUCUAUCAGAUACCAUGUCUCUGUGGAAGUGCCCCAUGCCUACUCUGCCGAUGCUGCCCCAGUGGAAACAACUCCACCAUAACUAGGCUGAUUUAUGCGUUCUUUUUACUUCUUGGUGUGAGUGUUGCCUGCGUGAUGUUAAUACCAGGAAUGGAAGAGCAGCUGAAAAAGAUUCCUGGAUUUUGUGAUGGAGGGAUCGGAACAACUAUUCCUGGUGUGCAUGGCCAUGUGAAUUGCGAUGUAUUAGUUGGUUACAAAGCAGUGUACCGUGUGUGUUUUGGUAUGGCCAUGUUCUUUCUUCUUUUCUCCUUAUUGAUGAUCAAAGUGAAAAGCAGCAAUGACCCACGAGCAGCGGUGCACAAUGGAUUCUGGUUCUUUAAAUUUGCAACAGCACUAGCCAUCAGUGUUGGAGCCUUCUUCAUCCCAGAGGGGCCUUUUACUACUGUGUGGUUUUACGUAGGUAUGGCUGGAGCCUUCUGCUUUAUUCUUAUUCAGCUGGUUUUGCUUAUUGACUUUGCCCACUCCUGGAAUGAAUCUUGGGUUGAAAAAAUGGAGGAAGGAAACUCAAGAUGCUGGUACGCAGCUCUGCUGUCAGCUACAGCUGUCAAUUAUCUGCUGUCGCUUGUAGCUAUUGUAUUGUUCUAUGUUUAUUACACUCACCCAGAAGGUUGUUCUGAAAACAAGGCGUUCAUCAGCGUCAAUAUGCUGCUGUGUAUUGGUGCCUCUGUAAUGUCAAUUCUGCCAAAGAUUCAGGAAUCUCAGCCGAGAUCUGGUUUGCUGCAGUCUUCUGUGAUAACGAUUUAUACAAUGUAUUUGACUUGGUCAGCUAUGACCAAUGAACCAGAUAGGAGCUGUAACCCAAGUCUGCUGAGCAUCAUUGGUUACAACACCACCACUAUUCCAACCCGAGGUCAGGUAGUUCAGUGGUGGGAUGCCCAAGGAAUUGUAGGACUGAUUUUGUUUUUGUUGUGCGUUCUCUAUUCGAGCAUCCGAACAUCCAAUAAUAGCCAAGUUAACAAGCUGAUGCUGACCAGUGAUGAAUCAACACUGAUAGAGGAUGGCAUGCCCAGAAGUGACGGCUCUCUUGAUGAUGGAGAUGAUGUCCACCGAGCCAUAGAUAACGAAAGGGAUGGAGUUACUUACAGUUACUCAUUCUUUCAUUUCAUGCUUUUCCUGGCAUCGCUGUAUAUCAUGAUGACACUUACCAACUGGUACAGUCCGGAUUCUUCUUAUGAGACAAUGACCAGCAAAUGGCCAUCUGUCUGGGUGAAGAUAUCUUCCAGCUGGAUUGGCAUCGUGCUGUACGUGUGGACUCUGGUUGCUCCGCUGGUUCUAACGAACCGUGACUUUGACUAGGCUAUUCUGCUCUCCAGAGAGAUGGGUUCACCUUGUCUUUGAAAUGAAUGAUAUUCCAUACUACCGUGUUGUUGUAAAUAAUGUGUGUGUGCUAUCCAUGUAGUGUAUACCCUGCUUUAUUCUGCAUGAUGACCUUGAAUCAUGUGCUUUUUGUCAUUUCACUAAAUGACUUUCUGGCUGAGCUCAGUGACAAUUGCUGCAAUGAUGGUUUCAUAGGAUUACUCCUAGAUUUUGUGCUUUGGGAGCAUUAGAUAUAAGAUCAAGACUUUUGGAAGUAGCUUCCCUUCCCCACCCCCAAUUGCAUUAAAUACUAAAAUGGGAAAAAAAAAAAAAAGUGCAAAUGUAGCAAUGGAAUAAAACAGUAUUAGAGCAGACACUGCAAGCAAAGGAGGGGCUGCCUUUGAUAAUCCCUGUUGCCUUGUUUCCGAAGUCUUGUUUAAGCGCUGUUAAGAUUCAAAACUGUGCAUGUUACAGAGUUUACUGCACACUUUGCAUUAUUUUGGCACUAAAAGUCUGACUUUUUCUGUAUUGAGGGCAAUAAUACCUUUGGCACAAAGCUUAAAUGGAGAAACUUGCACCUGAAGUUGCAAAGAAGCUAAUGUCCUCCUUGGUGCUAUUGGGUCUGAUAUGCCCUACUGCAGAUAAAAGGACACCCUGGAAAAGAAGCAAUUCCUGGUAUCGUGCCCAGAAGCAUGUUUUUAAGGCACCUGUUUACAAUAUGCAUCUAUAUUUUUCAAAUAGCUUAGAUAGGAUAUAGCUGUGCUGUAAUUUAUUGCUGUUUGGUAUGCCAUUUUCUUCUUGGCUAACUUAAAAUCAUAGAGGUUGCAAGGAGGCGAACAGUGAAAUCUAUAGGCCCUUCAGAGGAAACGUUUGGGGUAUUGUGAUUUAAAAGAAAAAUGGAGGAAAAGCAGCACUGAGAUCGUAAAGGAGGCUUGCAUUACCUGAGACUUCAACAAAAGUGUUUCUUAAUAUUUGUGGGGGUUCUAAAAUUUGAUCUAUUUUAAUGUACUUAUUAGAUAUUUUGCUUGCUGUCCCUGGCAUGUCCAUUGCCAGAGAUGGACUUGGGCCUAGAAAGUCUUAAUUCUAGGCAUGAAAUACAGCAUUAGAUACAGGGUUUUUUUUAAUUAAAAAAACUGUAGAGUUCCGUGCAGUUAUAAAAUCUUGAAUGCUUUUGUGCUUGCUGCUUUGUAAUUGAAGUAUGUAAGCUGCAUUAUUUAUAUAUUUCUGUUACUUGUUACAGCUUGAGACUUUAGCAGUCCGAUUGGGAGUGACCCUAGCAACUUUAGCAGUUGUCAUCAUGAUCUGUUACUGUGGUGUUUAUACUAUUACUUCACGUUGCUAAAUCUCUAAGGUUUUAUUUUAAAUCUGCUCUUUAACACUGACAUUUACUGAAGAAGUCUGACUUGUCAAAGUCAAUGGUAAUGACACAAUUAGUAAAGAAGAUGUUUAGUAAUUUUGAACAUGUUAUUAUUACCUAUUAAUAAAUAAAUUUGGAUGAAGUUGU